UUGUAAUAUCUGAGCCGAUAACUUUCUCCUCCACCUUCUUCGUUGGGUCGUCGAAAAAACGAAACCUAAUACUACUUUCCUAAUUAAUAUUGUUUUCGGUUUUUCGUUUUUCCUAACAUUUAUUUUAUCAGACACUUUAUUAAUCUCUAUCCAUUUGUUCUAUUCAAAUGUUGUACUACCGAAUUCUGUUACAAAACACCAUUAGCUAGGGAUUUUCUUUUUCUUUUCCUUCAGUUUCUCCUCGUAUAGACAUUAAUGUUGUUAUAGCUAUUUUUCAAUUUCGGAGUUAGUGAUUUUAUUUUUAAUUUUUAAGAAAAAAUGGCUUCGAGUUUCGAUCGGUGGGAAAAGGAUCCAUUCUUUUCUGCGGCCGAAGAAGUUCAAGAAUCUGCCGACAGGAUGGAAUCGACGUAUAGAACAUGGGUUCAUGCGCAGAAAGAAAAUUCUGGUGUGUGGGAUUCGGAAGAACUCCGCCGGGAUCUUCAAACUGUCCUUGGUACCACCAAAUGGCAGUUGGAGGAGUUUGAACGGGCUGUCCGGUCAAGUUAUGGUAAAAGCUCAUCAAAUGACGAUGCGAGAGGCAGGCAUCGUGAAUUUAUUGUUGCAAUUGAAGACCUGGUUUCGAAAGUUGAAAAUUCAUUACAGGAAUCAGCUACUUCACAGGGCAAGUCUUCAUUGCCUUGGGUGCGUUUAGACGAAGGUGAACGCAUUGAACUUGCAUUGUUUCUUUCGGGACCAUCGACAACAUACGAAAACAAAAGUAAUGUAAAAAGUCAUGGAAGGGAUACUGAAAAUGGAGAUUCCGCAGCUGAUUUUACAAAAAACUCACGCCAUUCAGUUGAGUGCGGUUCUAUGGAGGCUGGGGAUGGUAAGUCACUUGGGCAUAGGAGGACUGCUAGUGCUAGUGCUGACAUUGGUGCUUGGAAGAUUUUGGUUCCUGAUGAGGAAUGCCAACAGUCAAAUGGGCAGACUGUGUUACCUGUACGGAAGAUACCAAGUUUUUCAGGAUUCCUAAAUUCCGUGGAAUCUGUAUCCAAGUUGAAAUUGUCAAAGAAUGGCUUCAGAAAGUGGAAGUUAAUGGAUCACCAACAAGAAGCUGAUACUGAAUUAUUGCGACCUCCUCAAUUGCCUAGGGGAAAUAUUAUAUGCUAUGAAAGAAGUAAGAGUUGCCUGGAUAGUUGUGAUGAUUGUUAUGAUAAGCAACUUUAUGGCUGGUAUGGAGCUAUUCAGAGGCAGCUCCAAAGGUCUCAGUACCUGAUGCAAUAUAGCCGGCCUGUUCAAGUAACUUUCUGGAUUGUUUUUCUCCUCUGCUUGAUUGUUUUAAUUGCACUGCGUGCAGUGUAGAAGGAUCUACCCAUGUUCGUCUGGCAUUUUGUAGUUUGUGGCAGUAUUUGCAUCGGUGGAUCUUCAGGAAUGUAAUACACAUUGUUUAGGUUGACACUGGUUCUAGAUGAAAGGUAGUUCUUGUCUUUUUCUCACACACGGUAUCAUGUUUUAAACAUGCAAGUGCUAGGUGAUUACUUCAGAGUUAACACCCUAGCAUUUUUAACAUCCCCUCCCCACUCUUUUAUUUAGCUGUUUUAUAUUUUUUUCCUUUGCAAUUUUGUUUUCUUCAAUGAGGGGUAAACUCUGUUGUAUAUCAUAUGAGGCAUGGAGACGGCAAUGAAAGUCGGCAUAAGGUUGCAAUUUAAAACAUGUUAGCUUUCUGCUACUCAACGAUGUAAAAAUAUAUAAGCAUUUGUAUUUGUAACUGACCCUGUUUGUGUAGCUUUUGCAAUUGUAUAAAUAUUGAGAUGUGCAUGUAGUUGAUACAUCAAACACUCUUAAUGAAGACAAUUGUGUAAAUAUGUAGUUGAAAGACUGAGAUUUAAAUGC